UAAAAGUAAAAUUUUCCUUCACCCGUUUAUUUCCUAAAAUUAUCAGCAAUGGCGGAAAUUCUGCAACCUCAUCUUUCUAAAGUACGCGUCCCUAAAGGGGGUGAUAAAGUCUACAAGGAUGAAUGUGUUUAUUCAUUCGAUUCCCCAGAAUCACCUGGAGGACUAUACGUUUGUAUGAACACAUUUAUAGGCUUGGGAAAGACCUACGUUUCAAGACAUGCUGAAAGAACUGGCAACUGUGUGUUUUUACAUCUAAAAACCAAAAAGAAGAAGAAGAAUGUUCGUACGGAGUCAGAUGAGCCAGAGAAGAAAAAAGUUACUCGAAUGGCCAUAGGUGUUGAAGGUGGUUUUGACGCUAAUACUGCCCAAUUUGAAUAUGAGGAAAAACAGACUAUUGUUAUAUUACCCUCGUGGACUGUUCUAGAAUACCCUGAUGAAAACUUGCCAAAUAUUAUUCAACGAUCGGCCGUUGGUAUUUUAAGCGCAGAUUCUGGUUCUAGAGUUGAACAAUUUGCAGCUUGGGAAGAAGGUGAGCGAAAACUUUCCAGACAUGCUAAUGAUCUCGUUCAAUUGGACAAUAACAAGAAAAUCCCUCCUACUGGCUGGAAAUGUGAGAAGUGUGAUUUGACGAAUAAUUUAUGGUUGAAUUUAACUGAUGGAUCUGUUUUGUGUGGAAGAAAGCAUUGGGAUGGUACUGGAGGAAAUGAUCAUGCUAUUGAAUACUUUCGAGAGACUGGAUAUCCUCUGUGCGUUAAAUUAGGAACUAUAACUCCUAGUGGAGCUGAUGUUUACUCUUACGCAGAAGAUGAAAUGGUAAUUGACCCGAAGCUCAAGGAGCAUCUUGCUCAUUUCGGUAUUAACAUGAUGACAUCGGAAAAAACGGAAAAAUCAAUGUCAGAACUGGAAAUUGAGUUAAAUGAACGAAGUGCAGAAUGGGCUUCAAUGCAGGAAACUGGAUCUCAAUUAGAGCCAGUUUAUGGACCAGGAUUUACGGGAAUCCACAACUUGGGGAAUUCAUGCUAUAUGAACGUGAUACUUCAGAUGCUAUUUAAUAUACCUGAUUUUUGCUCGAUUUUUGCAAACAAUUUUGAAAUGUUUUUGAAUUCAAUUGAUUCAAAUGCUGCGGAUGAUUUCACAAUCCAAUUUUCUAAGUUGGGAAGGGCUCUUUUAAAUGGAGAAUAUUCAAAGAAACCUCAACCCGAAGAAGACGCAGAAUUGUUGGAUUUUGGUAUAAAACCAAGACUUCUGAGAUCAAUUGUCGGACGAGGACAUAUUGAAUUUUCGACAAAGAGACAGCAAGAUGCUCAUGAAUUCCUACUUCAUAUACUUAGUUUGGUUGAAAGAUCUGUUCGAGUUAUUGGAGCGAAUAACCCAAGUGAUGCAAUGAAAUUUAGAGUCCAAGAAAGAGUGGAGUGCACGUUAACCAAAAAGGUACGAUAUACAUCAAGAGAUGAAUACGUUUUUAGUUUACCCGUCCCUGUUGAAAGCGGUACAACAAGUUUACAAUCUUGUGUCGAAGCUUGGGCUGCUCCUGAAAUAGUUACUGACUUUUAUUCGUCCGCAGCAAAAACGAAGACAAAUGCUUUAAAAUCUUCAUCCCUUAUUAGCUUCCCAGAUUUUUUUGUCUGCCAAUUGAAACGCUUCACAGUGGCAGCAGAUUGGACAGCUAAGAAGCUUGAUGUUCUUGUUGAUGUUCCAACAAUUCUUGACCUAAGCGCAUUUAAAAAGUCUGAAGGUUUAGAACCCGGUGAGGAGGAACUACCCAAUGAGAGUGGUCCAUCCAAGAUAACUUUGGAUGAAAACAUUAUAGGACAAUUGAUGGAUAUGGGCUUUCCUCGUGAAGCGUGCAGACGAGCGGUAUACAAUACUAUGAACAGUGGUGGCGCUGAAGCCGCAGCUGAAUGGGCAAUGCAACACGUCGGCGACCCAGACUUUUCUGAUCCCUUUACCAUACCGGAUGGAAGCCAGAAACAAGGCUUUCAAGCAAACCCUGAAUCAUUGGCUUUGAUUGUCAGUCUGGGCUUCACUGAAAAUCAAGCUCGUGCCGCACUAAAAGCGACGGAUAACAACGUUGAACGGGCUGCCGAAUAUGCUUUCUCUCACUCUGAAGAGUUAGACAGAGCUGAAGAGCCAUCUUCAAGCAACCAACAGCAAGUUAAAGUAAGGGAUGGACCAGGAAUAUACGAACUCGUAGGUUUUGUAAGCCACAUGGGAUCAUCCACAUCGGUUGGUCAUUAUGUUUGGCAUGUUCGUAAAGACGAUUCUUGGUAUAUAUUUAACGAUGAAAAAGUAGCAGUUUCUCAAAAUCCCCCAAAAUCGAGUGCAUAUUUAUACCUUUAUAGACGUAAAUUUUAA